CUAAACCCGCACACUAGUCUUUCAGCUGCUAAACCCAAAUUUUGUUCGCAACUUCCUCGCACGAACUGACUGAAACCAAUCCAUCCGUCCAUCGAUAACAUCGAGGCCAACCACCAUGCAAGCUCUUCAAUCUACAUCUCUUCGCGCAUCUCCUCUCAAUCCACUCCAGAAUAAGAGCAAUAGUAGUCGAAACAAUGCCAAGACUCCCAAGCGAGUCUCCUUCAUCAAGGCAUCCACAGCACCGGCGGUUUCUGCUCCCAAGCGCGAGAAGGACCCCAAGAAGCGCGUCGUCAUCACCGGAAUGGGCCUUGUCUCCGUUUUCGGAAAUGAUGUUGAUAGUUACUAUGACAAAUUGCUCAGCGGAAAGAGCGGGAUCGGCCCCAUAGACCGGUUCGACGCCUCCAAGUUCCCUACCCGGUUCGGAGGCCAGAUCCGGGGGUUUAAUUCAGAGGGGUAUAUUGAUGGGAAGAAUGAUAGACGGCUUGACGAUUCCUUGCGGUACUGCAUUGUUGCUGGCAAGAAGGCGCUCGAGGAUGCGGAUCUUGGUGGACACGAUUUGUCUAAGAUUGACAAGGAGCGAGCUGGUGUGCUUGUGGGAACAGGGAUGGGUGGUCUUACAGUAUUUUCCGAUGGUGUUCAGGCUCUAAUUGAGAAAGGACCCAGGAAAAUAACUCCCUUCUUCAUUCCUUAUGCUAUAACGAAUAUGGGGUCGGCCUUGCUUGCAAUUGAACUUGGUCUCAUGGGACCUAAUUACUCAAUUUCAACUGCUUGUGCUACUUCCAAUUAUUGCUUUUAUGCUGCUGCCAAUCAUAUUCGUCGAGGGGAGGCCGAUUUGAUGAUUGCUGGUGGAACGGAAGCAGCCAUCAUACCCAUUGGUUUAGGGGGUUUUGUAGCAUGUAGGGCCUUGUCGCAGAGAAAUGAUGAUCCACAAACUGCUUCAAGGCCAUGGGACAAAGAUCGAGAUGGAUUUGUUAUGGGGGAAGGAGCUGGCGUGUUGAUUAUGGAGAGUUUGGAACAUGCGAUGAAACGAGGUGCACCAAUUAUUGCAGAGUACUUAGGGGGUGCUGUCAACUGCGAUGCAUAUCACAUGACUGAUCCCAGAGCAGACGGACUUGGGGUCUCCUCUUGCAUUGAGAGAAGCCUUGAAGAUGCCGGUGUGUCACUUGAAGAGGUGAAUUACAUAAACGCCCAUGCAACUUCCACUCUUGCUGGUGACUUGGCCGAGAUAAAUGCAAUCAAAAAAGUAUUCAAGAACACUUCAGGGAUCAAAAUUAAUGCAACCAAGUCUAUGAUAGGGCACUGCCUUGGAGCUGCUGGAGGUUUGGAAGCUAUUGCCACUGUGAAAGCCAUAACCACAGGAUGGCUGCAUCCUUCUAUUAAUCAAUUUAAUCCGGAGCCUUCAGUUGACUUUGACACUGUCGCUAAUCAAAAACAGCAGCAUGAAGUGAAUGUUGCCAUUUCAAAUUCAUUUGGAUUCGGUGGACACAACUCUGUUGUGGCCUUUUCUGCAUUCAAGCCAUGAAUACACAGUAUUUCUACAUUUCCCAUUGGAGGUUGAAUCAACUCGGUCGGCACUUGGUUGUUAAUAGUCAAUGAGUCCAUUUCAUCUUCUACCUCUUACUUGAGCUGCUGCAGGUUCUGUCUGUCGGCAUUUUGUAGCUUGGGCCAUGUAAUAAUUGUUAGUUGAACUCUUUAAGUUUAGUCAAGUCGUCGUUUUCCCUUGUUCGCGUGCUUUUUACCAUUAGAAUUUUUGGAUUAUUAAGGUUAUUGGAGCAUUUGAUUUUCUAUGUAGCGGACAGAGAAUAGAAGCAUUGUUUUCAUUUGAUCA